AUGUUGUAUUCGAAAUUUUUGGAGGGUUCAUCAAUCAUCGAUGCUUCAAAUUCAAUCAAAAUCACUGAUAUAUCUUACGAUACAUUUGAAACUUUUCUUUGUUAUAUUUACACUGGAGAGUUGAAGUUAAACGAUAAUGGAAACGAGAUAAAUCAGCUGAUGGAAUUGAGUUAUUGUGCUCAAAAAUAUUUAAUUGAAGAUAUGAGAAAACAAUGUCUGAAGCUUUUAAAUAAGUUUUUAAACAAUGACACAAUAUUGAUAAUAAUUGAAAAAUCUUUUGAACUUCAUUUGGAGGAUUUUCUCGUGACUUGUGUUUACUACUUCGCUGACUCUCUAGAAACAAAUUCAAGCUUCAGCAAUUUGGUUUUAAAUAAACCAAAGACUCAACUAUCACCAUCGUGUUUCGAGUUUCUUGUGAAGAAUCUCAUCGAUUAUCUUGGCGAACGUGACAAUAUUUUAUGUCUUAUCAAAGCUUGGGCCUUUGUUCAAGUUCAAAAUGAUAAAGUAUUAAUCAAUGAUGAGUCUCAAGCAUCAAAACUUCGACAAUUGAAUCUUGAUAAUGCAUUAACCGAGAAAGUUGUAGAGCUUAAAGCGACUUAUGCCAGCGAUUCAUCGUCAACGAAUAAUUUGGCAAUGUUGAAAAGCUUUCAUCGAUCUUAUUACAAGCCAGUUAGUCCACUGAUCAUCGAAAGGAAUCAAAUGCAUUUUAAUACUUUCGUUUCCUUCAAACGCUUCUCAGUUAUCAACUCUCUAAUGGUUAACAGCCGCUUAAUUCCAGAACAACUCGACAUCUGUGAUAUGAGUAAUCAAACUUACACUGAGAUUAUUAACGUAGAAAUUCUCGAGAAAGUUACCGGAAAAUCGAUUUACAAUCAACAAAGCACAAUCGAAAAUGUGAACUUCAACGCUUUCUUCAUAAUUAACUUGAAAGAGUCGCUGAUUCUUUUUCCGCAUUACAUUUAUAUUGUGAAACUUUCAUGGAACACUGAAGCAAUUGGUCAUGAAUAUCCUCGUUGCAUCUUUUCAUUGAUCGAGAAAGGUGAUGACGACGACAUUGACACAAAUACGAACAAACAUAAUUUAAGUAACAUACAAUUUCAUGAACACGAUUAUUAUUGGCCUCUCGGUUCAAUAAUUCAAGGCAUCACAUACAAUUUGGUGACGUAA